AUGCUUAUUUUAACGGGACAAGUGUCAUCGUCAACUAUUAACCAGUGCUUACCAUUAUCAGCACCAUGUUCUACAGGUGGUCAAUGUUGUAGUGGAACAUGCGAGCAAGCAUGUAAUCAAGACGAGGAGCAGAGUUGUCCAAAAACUUGUCAAGCUACAAGCACUCAAGGUUCUACAACGAUCACUACGUCCACUCUUGCGGCUGCCACAACAACGACAACAGUUGUUGCUGAAGUGUCUACUACAACUGUUCCACAAGCAGGACAAGUGUCAUCGUCAACUAUUAACCAGUGCUUACCAUUAUCAGCACUAUGUUCUACAGGUGGUCAAUGUUGUAGUGGA